ACAUGGGGCUCGAACCCACAAGCUGUGAGAUCAUGACCUGAGCUGAAGUCAGACCCUCAACCAACAGAGCCCCCCAGGUGCCCCAAAGAAGUGCUAUUUUUAUGCAUAAGUUUAGUGAUGGUAAACAAUAAAUGGAGUUUUUAAUAUCUUAUGUAGGUAAGGGACUACCCCUUUGUCUCCUUAUUUCUGAUAAAUUCUUUGACUUAGGGAAACAUUGCUUGAAGAUGAUGGGGAAUGGGUUUAAAAUAAAACAGGCUGGAAGGCAUACUUUGUUUUAAAAAUAAGUUUUCUUUCCCUUUGCAUCAUAAUCUCUUCCUUAAUCUGUUUACUUCCUUUACAGUUUUGUCAGUUGCAAAAUAAGGUAAAAUUAUAGUGCUCACAUGAAUCCCAGAAAUAAUCUAAUUUAAACUUUUGAUUUGUAGAAAACUGAGGGUCAGGCUACCUUAGCUCAAUUCUUUGCCCCACCACUAAGUUUGGACAAGUUUCUCAAUUGUUUUGGCCUCAGUUUCCUCACCUGUAAAAUGGAAAUAAACAUACUAUCAAUAAUUUUAAGAUUGUUGUGAAGAUCAAAGGAGAUAAAGUUCUUAGUACUGUGCCUGACAAGUGGUAAGAUCUCCACAUAUAACUAUCAUAAUAACCUGCUAAAUAAGCAGCUUAGGUAAAUAAGUGGUUUAGUUUGGGCUCCUGACUCUCAGUUUAACAUGUUUUCUUUUAGAUAUAAAUUAAAAUUAUAAACCUGUUUUCUGAGUUAGCUACUAUUAUUUUCUUCCCUUCAUCUCUUUCAUUUAAAGAUGAUCACAUGAUGCAUAUUUCUAUUUCUCUUUUCUAGCUAAAGAUAUUCUCAGCAUUUCACCCAUUACCACAUUUUUAAUCACUUCCUGAAGAGAAAAUUUAAAAUUUAGUCAUUCCUUUUAAUUGUUUAUGACACUUUCAGAUGGUAUUUUUCCUGUAAAGUUGAGUACUCUCACGGAAGCACAUUUUUUUCCAGUUACAAUAAUGUACUUCACUUCCCAGCAUAAAUGGGUUAAGUGCCACACUGGCUUGGGCUUUGCUUAAAAGCAAAGAGAAAGCUCCCAGGCAACCAGAGAGGAAAUAGUCAAACAUCUCUAUGUCGAUAAAUUCCAAAUUCCACUCCCUGUCCUAACAUGGCCUGUAGGGGACAGAGCACUUUUGAUGGGGAUCCUUUGAACCGGCAGGACAUCUUCUGGAUACCACAGAGAGUUCUCUCCUCAGCCUGCCUGCAUUGACUUGGGGAUGAUGUGGGCCCAUGCACUGUGGACACUCCUCCUACUCUGCAAGUUCAGCCUGGCAGUUUUGCCAGCUAAACCUGAGAACAUUUCCUGUGUUUUCUACUAUGAAGAGAAUUUUACUUGCACCUGGAGUCCAGAGAAAGAAGCCAGUUAUACGUGGUACAAAGUAAAGAGAACUUACUCUUAUGGAUAUAAAAGUGAUAUUUGUCCAAGUGAUAAUUCUACAAGAGGAAAUCAUACUUUUUGCUCCUUUCUUCCUCCAACAAUAACAAACCCAGAUAAUUACACCAUUCAAGUGGAAGCUCAAAAUGCAGAUGGUAUAAUUAAAUCUGAUAUAACACAUUGGAGCUUAGAUGCUAUAACGAAAAUUGAACCACCUGAGAUUUUCAGUGUGAAACCAGUUUUGGGUGUCAAACGAAUGGUUCAAAUAAAAUGGAUACGGCCUGUGUUGGCUCCUGUUUCGUCUACUUUAAAAUACACACUUCGAUUCAAAACAGUAAAUAGUGCCUACUGGAUGGAAGUCAACUUCACCAAAGAAGAUAUUGAUAGAGAUGAAACCUACAACCUCACAGGACUGCAGGCCUUUACAGAGUAUGUUCUAGCUCUGCGAUGUGCCACUAAGGAGUCCAUGUUCUGGAGUGGUUGGAGCCAAGAAAAAAUGGGAACAACUGAGGAAGAAGCUCCACAUGGCUUGGAUCUGUGGAGAGUCCUGAGACCCGCCACAGUAGAUGGAAGAAGGCUAGUGCAGUUGAUGUGGAAGAAGGCAAGUGGAGCCCCAGUCCUGGAGAAGGCACUUGGCUACAACAUAUGGUACUUUCCAGAAAACAGUACUAACCUCACAAAGACAUUGAACACCACUAACGAGAAGCUUGAACUGUAUCUGGGAGGCAAGACCUAUUGGGUUUGUGUGGUUUCUUAUAAUUCUCUUGGGGAAUCUCCGGUGGCCACCCUGAGGAUUCCAGCUAUUGAUGAAAAGUCAUUUCAGUGCAUUGAGGCCAUGGAGGCCUGCCUCACUCAGGACCAGCUGGUGGUGGAGUGGCGAAGCUCUGCUCCAGAGGUAGACACGUGGAUGGUUGAGUGGUUUCCAGAUUUGGACUCAGAGCCCUCCACUUUUUCCUGGGAAUCUGUGUCUCAGGCUACAAACUGGACAAUUAAGCAAGAUGAAUUAAAACCUUUCUGGUGCUAUAACAUCUCUGUGUAUCCAGUGUUGCAAGAUCGAGUGGGCAAGCCAUUUUCCAUCCAGGCUUAUGUCAGAGAAGGCAUUCCGUCAGCAGGUCCUGUGACCCAAGUGGACAACAUUGGUGUGAAGACAGUCACCAUCACAUGGAAAGAGAUUCCCAAGAGUCAAAGAAAUGGUUUCAUCACCAACUACACCAUAUUUUACCAAGCUGAAGAUGGAAAAGAAUUCUCCAAGACAGUUAACUCCAACAUCCUGCAGUACGAUCUGGAGUCCCUAACACGAAAGACCUCUUAUAGUCUUCAAGUCAUGGCCAGCACCAGUGCUGGGGGGAUCAACGGCACCACGAUGAACUUCAAGACAUUGUCAAUUAGUAUCCUUGAGAUUUUCCUUAUAAUUUCUCUGGUUGGAGGUGGCCUUCUUAUUCUCAUCAUCUUGUCAGUGGCAUAUGGUCUCAAAAAGCCCAACAGAUUGAAGCACCUCUGUUGGCCCGAUGUCCCCAACCCUGCUGAAAGCAGCAUAGCCACAUGGCGUGGAGAUGAUUUCAAGGACAAGAUAAAUUUGAAGGAAUCUGAUGACCCUGUGAAUAUGGAAGAAGACAGAGUUCUAAAACCAUAUUCUUCCCCCAGAGACCUUAUUGACAAGUUGGUGGUGAACUUUGAGAAUUUUCUGGAAGACGUUUCCACAGAGGAACUUGGAAAGGGUCAGGAAAACAUUUUGAGAGAGGAAAAAAAUGAAUAUGUGACUUCUCCAUAUCGGCCUUACUGUCCUCCCAUUUCAACUGAGAUUCCACAGAGAAAAUCCCAACAACUGUGUUCUAGAAUACCAGAGGGGAUCUGCUUAGAAACCACAGAGCAGCUUCUUUCUUCUGUUCCGAAUUUAGGGCCAGACCGUAUCUGUGAAGAAGGAGAACCUAAUCCAUACUUGAAAAAUUCAGUGACAACCAGAGAAUUUCUCACGUCUGAAAAACUUCCAGAGCAAACCAAAAGGGAAGUCUAAUUGUUACUGUGACUUGAAUCUCUCUGGGUCGUAGUGUGGGCAACUCUUAUAGACAGAAUGUAUUAGGACUUAGCCAGAAGAGCUUCCUUGGCUGUCUCCCCAUCCUUGCUUUGCGUUAGAGAAAUUGUCACACAUCCCUGAGUGGCUUGUUGAACUUGGUUGGCACAGAUGUGUAACUUGCCUGAGAAGAAGGGAUAGUGGUAUGUCUGAGCAUUUUGCAGAGGAAAAGUGUUUAUUUUCUUUUGUUCAGGUAACAAGCUCUCACUGAGGUCUCUGACAUAAUGAUUUUAAGGGACAAUGGAGCCCCUAAGGUGGAUAUAUCUUGCCUUCCCUAGGAAUUAGGUCUUUGCCACAACUUUUGCUCGAGCUUCUCCUCAGAGAUCCAGCAGACUUUCCCCAUUGCCAGAGGACAGUGGUCUGGUAGGAGGUGGGAAUCUCUCCCUUUACAUUGAUUUCCCUUGGGUUCUGGGUUCUACCUCCAAGGAAGCCCUGAGAUCUCACUUUUGAGAUUUUGUUUCUCCCUCAGUAUAGGGGCAGGGGAGGUAGAGUGGCCUUCCUGAUGGUGUGCUUCUCAUUAACCUCAUAAAAUCUCAAGUGUCUGCAGCAACACCUCCACCCAGGACUCUUGCCCCUAGUUCACAGCACAUUGGCCUCUAGUAAAUUGAUCUCAGCAGGGCACUAGGGAGUGGACUCCAGCCUGGGCCAGCAGGUCUGCCCCAAUCUUCAGGUCAUUGCCCAGCUCUGAAAAGCUCCCAGAGGCCUUUGCUGGCCCUUUAUCUUGCACUCAAACCUGGGAGUAGAAAGGCACCAAAUACUGCACUGCUUUUGUACAGGAUCUCUGGCCCCUUAUGCUAGCUCACAGCCUAGGAAUGCUUACAAAGCUUCCUUCAAAGGCCUCUUUCCUGAAGGACCUGAGCAGGGUGUGGAAACAUGCUACUGUAACUUUGCUGCCCCGACCCAGGACUCCUUUUCCUUCACCUUGGCCAUGCACAGAGCUUAUGACACGUCAGGGGAGCCUUUAGCCCAAGUGCUAAUGGCAGGAUUCAGUUGCUGAGAAUUGGGGACUAAUGGCUGGCCCUGGGCUGGCACCUUAACCGCAGUGAUGGCAGAUGAUUUCCUAAUAUGUGGCUUUGACUCAUCUGGCUAUUAGGGGAGGUCUCUGAGAACCUGGUGAGAUCUGGGAAGGCCAGGCAAUGAGUGAGCAGCCCAGGUGCCUUGAACGUAGCAUUUGCCAGCCAGAAAGGCUGAUGUCCGUUUUUAUAGGAGAAUUUGAGAAGUCAGUACUUGAGUAGCAGGCAUGAACUUCACAAGCCAACAAUUCAGAUGUGGGCCAAGAUUUUUUUUUUUUUUUUGUAAAUUUAAAUUUUGUUUUGGACUCUACUAUGCCAACAUCAACAACAACAAAAAUCUCUUAAUACCAAUUAUUUGUGUCAUUCUUAAUUCCUUCCUGAUACGAUCUGCAUCUACUUAUAUACGUGUUCAUCUAAUUGAAUGUCAUACAUUGAUUCUGUUGUAUUUUCCUUUAGUUUCAUGUACUAUUUCAUGUUUAAAAUUUCAUGCAUGAACAUGGUUCAUUGUGGUAGUAUUUUGAAUGGACACUCAGAACUCCAUGGUGUGCCUGAAUAUUAUGGUUUGCCAAGGACCCUUUCUUGUUAGGAUUGUUUUAAAUGUCUUCUUUGUAUAGAGACCAACUUCACUAAAUUCUGUUCUUUGUACAUUUUCUUUUCCUACCUUUGUCCUAACUCCUUGGGGACUCUUUCUAAAGGUGGAAUUUCUGGGUCACAGUUUUAUGGUUAUUGUCAUAUAUUGCACAUCUGUCAGCAGAGAGAGCAUUGGCUCAAAAGCAGAAACAUCCCCAGUCCAUGUUGGCGAAAACCUGGAGAUGCCUGCAUGUGGCUGCUGAGAAAGGUGUGGGAGAAACGCCAAGGGAGGAAGUCCUCAAAAGCAUGAAGCCAGCAGUCAGCAAGCCUCAGAUGGUUAGUCAAGGCAGUCUAGGCGCACCUACUGCUGAUUUCGUUUUUAGGAGCGGGAUUCUCUUUUCUGUCCAACUUCACUACAUAUGUGGGGUAAAAUAACCCGAGGCCUGGACUUUGAAAUGGAAGUCAAAAUGUGCAAAGCAGAACAGAUGCGCAGAAAACUCUGAAUGAUUAUAAUAAUGCAGAAGACUGGACUUGUGUACCAAGAGAACCAUCUCUCUGUAUAGUGCAUGCUGUCUCUUCCACAUAUUGUUCAUAAAGCCAUACAGUAUAUAAUGCAUGUGCAUGGCAGUUCUGGCCUCCUAAGUAGAGUAUGAAAGCAGGAUUACUAUAGUGAGAAUAGCCUUUAAAACGCUUUACCAUAAAUGCAUUGGUAUUUCUGUCUUUCAGGUAAUAAAGCUGUAAUACCAUUUUCA